AUGAGGUCCGAACCACCACGGGCUUCGAGAACAGCUCAACAUAAACCUUACAAUGACACAUCGCCCAGAGACCUCAACCUCCUCGAGGCUCACCCCACAGAUGACUUCGAAUGGGACGAGCAAGAGACCCUUACAAACUACUCGGCAUCCCCCGAAGCCAUCCUAGAAGCCGACUUGAAUGGCGAAGUAAUCGCAGACCCAAUCGCAGACGGCAUGGCCUCGCUCGCCGUCAGCGAAAGGGAAUCAGGUUACCUCGGCGUCGCCUCCGGCGCAGCCCUCCUCCGUCUCCUGGAACCUUCAACACCAAGACGAAGAGCCCAAUCCUCCUCCUCAAGACCAGGUAUAGGGGCAGGGCCUCAGCAGCAGCAGCAGCAGCAGCACAUUAUCAACCACUUACAAAACUCACAGAUCGCGCAGCAACCGGAUCCCAACAGACACAUCACAGACGCAAUGAUAGACGCCUACUUCCGCCUCUACCACGUAAGCUACCCCAUCAUCCACGAAGCCACCUUCAGAGCGCAGUACGCCGGCGUCAUCCCCCGCCCCAGCGGCGACUGCUGGCUCGUCUUGGCCUACACCGUCGCCGCCAUCGGCGUCUACACCACGGCCGCGAACCUUGACAACCUAGACACCUCGCUCUUUGCGCAGGCCCGCUCAAUCCUGUCCUUCAACUUCCUCGAGGUGGGCAACUUGACGCUCGUCCAGGCGCUCACCCUCAUCUCCAAUUACCAGCAGAAGCGGGACAAGCCGAAUUCCGGGUACAACUACCUCGGCCUGGCCGUGCGCAUGGCCAUGGGGCUGGGUCUGCACAAGGAGUUCCAGGGGUGGAAUAUCUCGCCUUUGAAUAUGGAGAUUCGACGGCGGGUAUGGUGGUCGUUGUGUGUGUUCGAUGUCGGGGCGACUAUCACGUUCAGCAGGCCGUCCGUCUGGCCAUACGAAGGCGUUGAGGUCUCGUUACCAUUGAACGUCGAUGACAAGGUCAAUAUUCCUGAUGGCUUGUAUUUGUCCGUCCGCACACAAGCAAGCUUCCACAUCGCCACAACACCAAUCUACACGAGGGUAAUCUCCAAGCCCCUCCCCUCCCCAGGCGAGAUGCUACGACUAGAUGAAGACCUCCUUGAUCCAUGGCUAGCAAGCGUCCCGUCCUACUUCUCCUCCACCAGCCGCGUGCCGCCAAAGUACGCUCUCGCCCACGCAGUCAUGAACUGGCGGUACAGAAACCUCCGAAUCAUCAUGUACCGCCCAUUCGUCAUUCGCCGAGCCUUACAGGCCCGCGACCGACGACCAGAUGACUCGCCAGAUAACGUUCGCGCCUUUGAAAAGUGUCUGGCAGAGGCCAAGGCAACCAUUACCAGCAUCAGCGAGUUCUGGCAACGAAACGAGCACAAUCGUCUAGGUGCCUGGUACGCCUUAUACUUCCUGUUCCAAGCAGCCCUGAUACCCUGCAUUUGUCUCCGCAACGAUCCAGCAUCUCCCAACGCCCGAGACUGGCAGGAACAAAUCAUGACCACAACACGCUGUAUAGCCGCCCUCGCCCCCGUGAAUUCCAGUUCAUCUCGAUGCUAUCAAGUCAUUAUUGACCUCUGCGGCCGGUUUCUGGACAGCAGUGACGUUACGAUGCCCGUUGACCCAGCUGUGGCAGCUCAGGCAGAUUCCACCAGGCCUCCUAGCUACGAGGCCAACGUAGCACAACCUUCGGCUCCUGAACCCAUAGAUGAAAGCCCUCAAACCCAGAUCAAUAGCGUAUUCUCCAUGAUGUGGCCCAACGUACCUCCCUUGGAAGCGGCUGACGUCGUCAUGGGCGACGACGCGUGGAUGGAGUUUCUCAAGGGAGGGACAAGUGGUGAUGGUGAUGGGAUGUGGUUCGGCAGCUAG